CUUAACCCAAUCAAGAUCCAACAAUGGCAGAUCAACCUCAGCAGCAAGCAACAGAUAAAUCCACUGUUACUGCUACAAAUAUCUUCGACCGGCUUCACACUAUUACUACAACCGAUCCUUAUGAAAAACUGAUGUGCAUCCACAAUCCUGACGAUGAUACUCUCAUUAGAAACCUCCCAAAUCCACUUACCAUCUUAACAGAAGAUGAUCAAAACACCAAAGACAUAUCUUUAAAUCCUGACCGGGAAACAUCGAUCCGACUCUUUCGACCUCCGGCAGAACUCUCUGUAGCAAAUAAGCUUCCUAUCAUAAUUUACUUCCACGGUGGAGGUUUCAUUCUUUUCAAUGCAGCUUCAACUAUGAGCCACAAUUUCUGCCAAUCCAUUGCUGCACAUUUACCCGCAUUGGUAGUUUCUGUAGACUACCGUCUUGCUCCCGAAAGCCGGCUUCCCGCUGCUUAUGAUGAUGCUGUUGAAGCCCUCAACUGGGUCAAAGAUCAAGCUUUAGACAUUUCAAAUGGUGAACCAUGGUUGAAAGAGUAUGCUGAUUUCUCAAGGUGUUUCAUUAUGGGUUGCAGUGCUGGUGGUAAUAUUGCAUAUCAUGCCAAUCUAAGAGCAGUAGAAAUGGAUCUUGAGCCAGUCAAGAUCAAUGGGCUAAUACUGCAUAUACCAUUUUUUGGUAGUGUAAAGAGAACUGAAUCAGAACUAAGAUUGGUCAACGAUCUAUACUUGGCGCCUUCACUAAGCGAUGUCAUGUGGGAACUGGCUUUGCCGGUUGGGUCUAGUCGUGAUCACGUUUAUUGUAAUCCGAGUAUUGACGACGGUGAAUCAUCUGGAAUCAAGGUGGGGUUGAUCAAGAGGUGUUUGGUGAUUGGAUUUUACGGGGAUCCGCUAAUUGAUCGGCAAAUUCAACUUGUGAAGAUGUUGGAGGAAAAGGGUGUCAAGGUCGAGACUUGUAUUGCUGAAGGAGGGUUCCAUGGGGUUGCAUUCCAUGACUCUAAAACACUUGAAACUUUGCUGGGAAAACUGAAACAAUUCAUUUGACUUUUUCUGCUACUGCUAAUAGUAAGAU